CUACAGAACCAAUAAAAGUGGGGACACCAGCUAGAGAGUUGGCGUUUGCUGCAGUUUUUCUUGAGACCGUUCUGCCUACAGUGAGCAUCAGCUGAUCCCAGUUGUCCUGGACUGACAGAGCCUACAACAACUUUUAUCAUUGUCCGAGUAGUUCAUCUGUUGGGUACAAUGCAGAUGAUGUAAAAGGUGAAAAGAUGGAGGCGACAGAUGCCAGUGCCAGCGGUUAUCAUUCUAGGGUUUAUAAACUCCAUCCUAUAGAGGAGAAUGAAUGUGAGUCGGAAACAGCAGCUUUGAAGCCACCAGAGUCAACUCAUUGGACAGAGAGAACGAUACAAGCGGUGCGAUUGGACGAUAUCAUUGUGGAGAAUAUGAAGGAGCCCCCAGCUGUACAGCCGGCCAAUAAUUCUAAAUCUAUUAUUUCUUCUGCCAAAAAGGCGAUUUCUGCCCUAGGACCCAGUGGUCAACCUAUAAUUACAGACUUUGUGCACAUUAAUGACUGCUUGAAAAACAGUUCCGAAAAAUGUAGCGAACAAACGGAAACACUUAUUUCGGAUCUCUGCAUUCACCUUGUUAUGGUCAGAAAUGGAGUUCCCGAUCCACAUCUGCAAGGGGAACUCAGGAACAGACUUCGGCUGCUGGAAAAUGAUAAUAAAGAGGUUGUGUCCGUGUUUAGUGAGUUGUCUGCUCGUUUGCUGUCCAUUGAGAGUGAUAAGGAUGUCAUCAACGUGACUUUCAAAACCUUUGAAGAAAUAUGGAAGUUUUCCACUUAUUAUACACUAGGUUUCCUAAAUCACUGCCUGGAGAACAUGUUUUUAGGCCAGUCAUUUUGGCUGUCUUCCCCAGAAGAAGAAGAUGCUGGCCUUCAAGUCUGUGUCAAGGAGGAAUCAUUAAAUCUCAUUUAUAGAAACCUCUUAAUGGAGGAAGAAACUGUGGCUGUUUUGUGUGCUGACAACCUUACCAGACAGGCUGCAGUCGUUGAUAAUGCACUACAUGUGAUAUAUUCAGACCCACCUAAUGAGGAAUUUACAGUUGGAUGGUCACAUGACAAAAAUUCCAUGGAGGAAAGCAAAGCUCCAAGCAAAAAUCUCCAAUUUGAACCUUUAUGUCCAUUUCAUCAAUGGUUCCUUAAGACUAACUCCUUAUCCAAGCUCUCUGACUUUAUUUCCUUAGAGCAGAAAAAUAAAAUUGCCGUCGGCUGGACUGAAGCAACAGUUAGUUACGAAAGUGCUGCCCCUGAUGAAAUAACCUAUUGCAGUGGGGAUAUUAUUGAAAUAAUAGGCACUUUUAUUGAAUCUUUAAAGUGGUUUGUUGGAAGAAACCUGACGACCAGCCAGGUUGGCUUUGUGAAGACGAGUAAUGUCAAACCCUAUGCAUCAGAACAAAGGAAAGAACAUUUUACACUUCCAGUAAGUGAAGAAGAAAAAAUAUUUGGCAAAAGAGAGAGUGAUUUCACUUUGGAGGAUGCAAAGGACUUACUGCACAGAAUAUCAAAUUCCGAUGUCUGUAGUGUCUAUAGAGUUGAUGAACUUGACAUUCUAAGGGCACCCCAAAGCAAAGAAAUAACAUCCGCCAUCACUAACGCCGAAGAUGACCCAUGGAAACCAAAGCUGGAGGCUUUCUUACAGAAUAAUAAAGAAUGCUGUCCUUCCGAAGAAGCCAGUGAGCCAGAACAUGGAACAGAUAACCUUUCUAUAGAAAAGAGGGGUGCAACUUGUGAAGAUAGUGAUUUCCCAAACUUCAAUAUCUCUGAGGAACCAGAGAAGAAUGAAGGAUUUCAGAUGUUACUUUUAUUCUUAAACAGUGAGAAAUAUCUCCCAGGAUUUAGAUGUAUCUACGAUGUCUCAUAUGGGUUUUUAAAUGCAUUAUUCCAUGGAUACAAAGAGGAAGAAGAACUGGUCCGGUAUCUGAGCAUGGCGAGGGAAUCUGCAAAGAAAGCAAGCAUGACGUUGGCUUUGACCAGGAUCUGUUUUCUUCUGGGCAGACUAUGUACUAAACGGCACAAAUUCUCCCAAGCUAGGGUUUAUUUUGAAGAAGCCAUUGGGGUUCUAAACGGAGAUUUUAGAGACAUUUAUCUCACUAGUGCAAUCUACAUGAACUUGACUGCCAUUUAUUUAAAACAGAAGAACAAUGAGAAAUGCAGCCAAAUGAUUGACAAGGCCGCCAGUCUUCUUAUAGGAUUACAAAGCCAUAUUAGUAGUACAGAGAUGGAAUCCGUCAUACUCAGAUAUGCUUUGAAGACCUCAAUCCUCAACCAAGACCUGUUUAGUGAAACAAGGUCGUGUCUGCUUUUAGGGCAAAUGUAUACUCGCAGCAGGCAGUUCGACGAGGCCUUGCCUUUUAUAGAGCGCUUGCAGGUUUUAAUUAAUAAAACGGAUUCCAGCGAGUGGUGCUUACCAGGAUACUAUUUUCAGCUUGCAGAUAUUUACAGUCACAAAUGUUUGCCACACAUAGCACUGAGCUGUAUAAAAGUGGCUUCUCGUGGAUCAUGCAGUUUCACUGAUUCAUUGAGGAAAGUGGACUUUAUCAUUGGAAAUGUGCCCCAACUUUGUGGGAUCAAGGGAGGGCGAUUGUCCUUCCCCACUCAGAUUUCCUACUACCUGAGGCAAGCGCUUGCAUCUGCAGUCACCGACCAAGAGCAGAUCCUCUCUGCAACUAUAUACCGCAGCUUAUGCCAACUAUGCACUCAGCAUAAAGAGUAUAAAAAGGCUAAAUUGUAUAUAUUAAAGGCCCUAGACCCUGGUGUUUGUUCUGAUAUGAAAUCCAGAGUGGAUAUAAUGAUUUCCCUUGGCUGGCUUUGUAUACUUGAUGGAGAAUAUACCACAGCGCUAGGUAUUCUGGAUACAGUUAUAAAGUCGUGCCAUUGCUCAUCAGUCCAACUGGGAAUCAUAUACAAUCUCAGCGCUAUAGCCUUCAAACAAACAAAUAGAAUUAAAGAAGCAGCCGAGCAUUACUUCAAAGCCUUGGUGAUUUCAAAGGAGACGGGCAUUUUGCAAAACCAAGCCGCAGCACUGGCCAAUUUUGGGACCUUAUUCCUGCAUCUGGGAGCCAACUAUCUGGCAGAGCACUUCUUAGUAAAAGCCGUAGCUAUUUACUCAAGGCUUCCAAACCUGGAGAACGGGGUUGACUUUAUCCAUCUGCUACUUAUACUUGGACACUAUUACAUCAAUGGAGACCAAAACGAAAGAGGACGGUUUUAUUACGAGUGGGCAUUCCUUGUGGCAAUGGAAAUAAAUCACUUGGAAAGCCAGCUCCAAGCAGUUCAGUCACUGUGCCAUUUCUACACCACCUCUGAAAUAAAUGAAGCUCAGUGUAUCAUCUACAAUGAAUAUCAGCUUUCGUUGGCAAGAAAAAUGUCCGACAAAGACCUAGAGGGACAGGUGCUGGAAACCAUAAGUCACCUGUAUUUAUCCUUAGGCACAGAAAGAGCCUGCCGAUCAGCGCUGGAAUACACCAAACGAAGUCUUGGGAUUUUUAUUGAUCUCCAAAAAAAAGAGAAGGAGGCUUAUGCCUGGCUGUUGUCAGGGAAGAUCUACUAUAUCCUGGGCCAGAAUGAACUGGUGGAUCUCUAUAUUCAGGUAGCCCAGAAUGUGGCCAUGUGUACAGGAGAGGCAGAACUUGGCAUGCAGCUGUUUGAGGCGGCAGGAGAUAUAUUUUUCAGUGGAACCCAUGACCGAGAUAAAGCAGUGUCAUUCUACAGGGACUGUGCACUCCCGCUUGCUGUGAAGACCGUGAAUGUUAAAGCAGAGCUUCGCCUGUGCAACAAACUGGCCGAGUUAUUGAUGAAUAUAAAUAGCUAUGAGGAUGCGUUGGAGCCAGCCAAGAUGGCCCUGGAGCUCAGUGUGAGUUUAGGAAAUCAGCUGAAUGAGAGAGUGUCGUACCACAGGCUCGCUGGCAUCUAUAGGCAAUUGGGUCAUAGUGAGCUGGCGGAACACUUCUACCUGAAGGCGCUGUCACUUUGCCCCUCCCCCAUGGAACUGGAAGAGGAAGCUGUGUACUACAUGAAGGUCUACUUUAUCCUGGGGGACAUUAUAUUCUAUGACCUGAAGGAUCCUUUUGAUGCGGCGGGAUAUUACAAUCUUGCGCUGGCAGCGGCUAUGGAUCUGGGUAACAAAAAGUCCCAGCUGCAGAUCUACACCCGGCUGGCCACCAUUUAUCACAACUUUCUAGUCGAUCGGGAAAAGUCUCUUUUCUUUUAUCAGAAAGCCAGGAGCUUCGCGUCAGAGCUGAAUGUUCGGAGAAUGACUUUACCCUCAGGGCAGUAUAAUCGGGCGCCCACUCGUACCUGUGUUACAUCGACUGUGUGAAUACAGAACACAAGCACCGAUACGGCCGCCACUUGGUGAGGAGAAGACAAAAGCAAAGGGGACAACAUUAAGACAAUGAAACUGGCUAAAGUCAUGGUUUAUUGCAACAAGAAAGUAAUAAUGGAAACAUCAAAGUGAAUUAUGACAUUUUCAGCCCUGUCCAACCGUAUUCGCUUUCAGUGGCUUAUUAAGCCUUAUCCAGUUGAAAAAGAAGAAAUGCACAAUACUAUAGGGCCAUUAUACCCUCCAGUUGUCCUGCUCAAUUGUCCUUGCCAGGGAUUGGCCAAGCUAGCAGAAUUUCACUUUGUCCUGCCUCCUGGGCUACUAGGCCAUACCCCCUCUGACUAGGAUUAAGGAUUAUUGCACGCUUUUCUAUAUAUAUUCUUGGAAACAGAAAGAUGUACUGUGAAUAAACGUUGGGAGUCUAUAAAAAGAGGAAAACUAUAUACCUAUUAUGUAAUAAUUGAAUGUAUAGAAACAUUUAUAUAUGGCGCAAUUGAUAUAUACUAUUGCUAUAAACUGGGCAGGCUGGUUAGCCCCCUGAAAAAAAGA